UUUCCGGCUGAAGAUGUGUCACUUGAACACAGUUGAAGUAGAGAAAACAGUUUGCAGCACAUCUGCCAGCUUUAUGACUUAAUUAUUAUACUAAAUUAACUAGAAAACAUUUUAGAUACAAACUUUUCUCCCUCUAUGACAUUCGGUCACAGUUUAUCCGUUGUCUGACAAGUCGUAGCUCUUCAUUAAUGCUCAGGUUAGCUGCUCAUUAGCCGCAGUUAGCUCUCAGCGCUCUUUAAUUCAGGAUGUCCUGCAGUUUGCUGGAUUUCUGCCGCGUUCAAGAACUCAAACAAGUCCGCGAUUUUCUCUUCCACAGUCAGAAAAAUCCCUCCACAGAUGACAACAAAGAACAAACAGAGACAGAGUUAGCGUGGGAUGACUCAGACUGGGGCUCCUGGGAGGCAGCAGAAACCAAAGAAGAUGGAGCCAUGCCUGAUGUCCAGCAGAACAGCGCCCCCUGGCUGCAGGACUGCAUGAUCGCUCUGUCACCGUGCUCAGACCUGCUGGUCAUCGCUCGAGACCACAAGGCUGCAUUCCUCUCUGCAAAAUGGCAGACGGACGCCACCGGAAAGGAGGAGAUGACGCUGGCUGUGACCUGGAGUGGCACACUGAGCUCUGAGGACGGAGAGUGUGUGAGUAGCGUCAUCUGCAUCCCACUGGCCAGCCAGAAGAGGAGUUCUACGGGUCGUCCUGACUGGACGUGUGUUGUGGUUGGGUUCAGUUCUGGAUACGUCCGCUUCUACACAGAGAGUGGGGUUCUCCUCUUGGCUCAGCUGCUGAAUGAAGACCCGGUGCUCAGACUGAAGUGUCGCACAUAUGAGAUCCCACGCCAUCCUAGAGUCACUGAACAGCAUGAGGAGUUGAGUAUUCUGUACCCAACAGCCCUGGUCACCAUCGAUGGCUUCAGCCUCUUUCAGUCUCUCCGUGCCUGCAGGAAUCAGGUUGCUAGAGCUGCUGCAGCAGGAAGUGAUGUCGUACAGCCUCCUCCUCUUGCCUAUAAGAAGUGGGGACUGCAGGACAUGGACACCAUCGUGGACCACAGCAGUGUGGGCAUCAUGACUCUGAACGUGUUUGAUCAGAUGAAGAAUGCCUCGAUUCUCGGGGGUUUCCAUGCCUCAGUAAAGGGCAGUCCUCCUGCCAUGAGUCAGUAUAUAACAGUGGGAGGCGGACCCUUCACUGGGUUCUUCUACGCCGUGGAGGGCAGUUCUCAGCCUCUCCUCUCACAUGUUGCUCUCGCUGUGGCCAGUAAACUCACUUCUGCCCUGUUCAGUGCUGCCAGCGGAUGGUUAGGAUGGAACAAGAACAAAACCGAAGAGGAGCCUGCUCAGAAACAGAAGCCUAAGGUGGAGCCAGCCACGCCCCUUCCUGUUAGGUUCGGUCUCCCCGAUUCCCGUCGUCACGGCGAGUCAAUCUGUUUGUCGCCGUGCAACACCAUGGCAGGAGUGACGGACGAUUUUGGCAGAGUGACGCUGCUGGACGUGGUGCGCGGCAUCACCAUCCGCAUGUGGAAGGGUUACCGUGACGCCCAGCUGGGCUGGGUGCAGGUGUGUGAGGCUCAUGGAGACAGAGACUUGGCCACUUCACCCUCCAUGCCCCGCCGCUGUGCUCAGUUCCUGGUGAUUUACGCCCCACGCAGGGGCAUCCUGGAGGUGUGGGGCACUCAACACGGCCCCCGGGUCGGGGCUUUUACUGUCGGCAAACACUGCAGGUUGCUGUAUCCAGGUUACAGGUUAAUGGGAGUGAACAGUGUGACCAGUCAGGGUUGGCACUUACACACACAGCAGGUGUGUCUGUUUGACCCGGUCAACGGAGUGCUACGUACCAUCACUGUACCGUUCCACCUGGCCCUCAGUGAUAAGAAGAGUGAGCGAGCCAAAGACAUGCACCUGCUGAAAAGACUGACCGCUCUGCUCCGGAGCGCUGGUCCAGACCCAGAUCAUCUAGAGAGCGAGGCUCAGAGUGUCCUGCUGGAGAUCAAACACCCUGCAGUUAAAAAACAGGCUCUGGAGUCUCUGCUGUCCAGUAAGAACGCUCCAGUCUCCUGUCUGAUCAACAUUACUCGAGUUUUACUGCAGAGCUUAGAGGAACAAGACCCUGAGGCAGUGGAUGAAUCAUUGCUACAGUUGUGUUCCUCUCAGCUCAAACUGCUGCAGCUCUACACUGACGUUCAGCUCCUACACUCACCUGAUACCUCACCCACUCAGCCUGAAUCUCUCUCAGUGCCUGGUAUUGAAGAUGACCUCGCUCGAAUCGGACCGGUCCUGCGGCGUUAUGCAGAGCUGAACUCGCGCCCUUCUGUGUCAUUCGCUCAGGACGAGGCGGGGCCGCUGCCAGUCAAAACCUUUCUGUCUCAGUUAGUGUGUGAGGGCGGCGAGCUGCGACUCAUCAGAGGCUCUGAUACUGACUGGACACAGCUAGGUAGCUUCCUGUUUUGGGGAUGUCUUUCUGGGCAGAGUCCACUGGAGCGAGUGUGUGAGACACUACAGCAGAGUGGCAUCAGCCCUCAGCAACUACUGUCUCUGCUGCUGACGGUGUGGUUGAACAGAGAGAAGGAGAUCUUGAAGAGAGCAGAUGCUAUUAGGAACCUGCACACACUCCUCAACACACUCAGCUCUAUGAAAGGAGCGGUGGACGAGUCAUGGGAUGUGCAGUGUGUGUCCCCCUGGUGGCAGCAGGUGCGUAACGCUUGCAUUCAGUCGGAGAACGCCGGCGCCGCCCUGCUGGCUGCACUUGUUGCUCACCGUGCUGCCAAGAGCUCCAUUGCAAACCUGGCAGAGAACAAGUUGCAGUCAGACUGGGAGUGUGUGUCGCUGGAGUUGGAGCAGUGGGUGGUGUGUGUGCGCCAGCUGGAGGAUGUGCUGGCGUUGCAGACGUUGCUGAGUCUGCCGUCUCCUCAGGGAUCACCAGGGGGUGCUGUUCAGCGCUGCUCAGUCAAAACACUGCUGGAGAGUGGAAGAGGUGGAGUAGCGGACAGUGUGGCGAAGCUGAUCUUCAAACAGGACGUCAUUCCUGGAACACUGAAGGAUAUUGUGGAGCGGCGGCUGAGGGAGCAGCGUGAGGAACAGCGGACAGAGGAGAAGGAUUCCCUACACACACUGGAGGAGCUGCUGGUGUGUGUGUGUCAGCGGUUCCCCAACUCUCUCUCUCCAGAUGUGUUGUGGGCUCACUGUUGUUGGGAGUAUGUGGUCCAGUGGAACAGAGACCCUGAGGUGGGCCGGUAUCUGGAGUGGUCUGUUGAGUAUCUGAAGAUGAUCUCCAGUCCUCACAUUCAGUUAGGAAUCUCCACCAUGAUGUGGAACACAUUUAUCGUGAAACGUUUCUCUGCAGCUGCCUUCUUAAUGGAAAAGGUGGGAAAAUCUCCAAAGGACAGACUCUGUAGACGAGAUGUAGGAAUGGGCGAUGUAGCCGUGACCAGUUUCCUGGGCUCCUGUGUACAGCUCCUGCAGGCUCUGAUGGAGGUCUCGUCUUCCUCCUUCCUUCUUUCUUUUCCUUUUCUCUCCAAAGCGGACUCGGGGGUGGAGGAGGUGACCGUGCCGGAGGUGUGUGUGGAGGAGGUGUGGGGCAGCGCUGAGGGUCUGGCCUCUAUAGCGGAGUUAGCGCUGCAGCAGAGGGCGGUGCAUUACCCGCUGGUGCAGCAUCACUGCCUGUUAGCGUCACUGCUGCACGCUGCCAUGAGCUUCUCCCUGCGCCUCAAACCCCUCAGCCUCUUCGACACCAAGGGGAAGAAUGCCUUCUUCAGGGAGCUGACCUCGAUCCAGCUGCUGCCCAGCGGAGACAUGGACCCCAGUCUGGUGGCUGUCCGACAGGAAUUUCUGCUGAGUGUCUUGACAGCCUGGGUGAAGGCUCUGGGUGUGGAGGAGGAGGAGGAUGGGGGAGGAGGAGGUGUGUGUGGUAAAGCAGGAGUCAGGGAGCAGGUGUGGAUGGAGACGUGUCUGGAGCUCGCCUCACUGCUGCAGAUCAACACUGAUGUUCUGCGUAGACACCUCAUCUGUGAGCUGUAUAACCAGGGCCUGGACCUGCGCGCAGAGGAGGUGAUGUUGGAGGUGGAAGAUAAGGAUGUGUUGGGUUCUCAGCUCUUGGUUCUGAUUGGUCAGCGCCUGGCCUACUCUUUGUUUCACUCUCAAACCCAGACCAAAGCCUCCAUGGAGCUCCUGGCACGUCUUCCCCCCACCCUCUGUACCUGGAUCAAAGCUAUGGACCCCAGUGAUCUCCGGUGUCCCUCUGUGCCUCUGCAGCAGAUCAGCCGUCUGGUGAACCGUGUGAUUGAGAUGCUGCCAGAGAAACACGCGCAGUACAACCUGGCACUGCAUCUGCUGGAGACGGUGGACAUUCUGCAGGAGGAUGAGUGAGAGAGAGACGGGGAAGGGGAGGGGGGCACUUGGAGAGAGUGAAUAUUUCCAUGUCAUUUCCAUUCAGUCACUUUUUAUUUAGAAGCGCAGCUCUAAAAACUCAACACCGAUUCCACUUUACCUCAGACGUAGCCGGUCAGUCACUGCGUGUUCAGGGUCUUUAGUUUUACACCGGAGCCAAUUAUGCUAUUGUUUCUAACAAGUAACGGCUCUCAUCCAAAAAUAAUUUUCUCCUUCGUACAACCACUCAGACCUCGAUAUAACACCGAGAUAACAUGCACUGUGCCGUUAAAGGGGGAAUAAUAGAUGGAUGGGUGAAUGAAUGAUGGGUGGAUGAAAGAUGGAUGAAUUGAUGGGUGAUGAAUUGAUAGGUGGAGGAUGGAUGGGUGGGUGAUGGAUGAUGAUGCAGACGCAGUGUGUUUGUACUACAGCAAUUAAAAUUUUUCUAAUUAAAGAAUGACAGUUUGUCCUUUUUAUGUGUUGAUGGUUAAAUGUAGCGGCAGGUCCAUGAAACACACAUCAAUAAACCACGUUCCAGCUUUACCUCUGAUUGGUCCAAAGUACUCACACUGGAGACUCCUUUCUCUCCAGGGUCAUACAAGUCCUUAUGAGUGAGCUGUUACUAUAGAAACGACAAGGAGUGCAUUAAUUUAAACCCAUGAAAACGAAUCAACACCAGAAGUAAGAAUUCAACAACGCUGUAGUAUAAAAUAAAUCUGCAUCAGCGCCAUCAUUUCACUGUCUGAUUCCAAAUGCUGUGCAACAUAACGUUCAGUGUGAUGUUUACUGCAUUUGCUCCGUGUUUAAGGUUUUACAGAAAAUAAUUUGUCUGAGACGGACUUUGAGUAUUUUGAACAGUAGCAGCGUUAGAGUCAUAGCUGCUGUGCAAAACCUGGAACCAUGAACACGUCCUGACUGGUGGCUGUCCGAGGAAUUGGGCUGAGGCUUAUAUUGGGUUACAUUUCACCUUUUAAUGGAAUAAGCAUCGGGGUCAAAAAGAAAGGAAGUGCAUGAGACACACAGAGAGUGAGAGUGUUAGAUGAUCAGUGUUUGCAGUUCUAUGCAUUUUAAUCAUAAACAUUGUUUACACGUGCCAGCCUUCUCAUCCAGUACUCAUUACUUCAUUACAUCUGCUGUGUGUUUGUGGACCGAGUGAAGGGUCAUGAGGUCAUUAACAUCAGCCAUGAUUCAUUUGCAGAAAGGUGGCAGCGUUUUCUGUCGUUAUCAGUUGUAACGUAUCGACUUUUGUUCUUUUAAUCAAUCAGCGAUCUCUCGGGUGCCAUUUUAACGCUACAGUAACAUCACCAUCCUUCUGUCUUUCUCUUCUUCCUGUUGCUGGAACAGAGUUUGUAUUGUAAAUGUUAACUUUAAUUUAUGUGUUUACUCUGAAUCCUGUAAUUAUGCCUGAGACAGAGGUAUAUUAUGCAGAAUAGCCGCUCUACACUCUCUCACACUUCACUCUGCACUGGUGCUGCUGUUUAUUAUUGUACAGAGCCAAAUACACUAAAAAUGCUAUAUAAAAGAUUAAACACA